AUGGAGCCGCACCGUCUUUUAGCGUCUCUAUCCAAACCGUCCGACCGCCUCUUCCUCUUGCGCGUAGAGGAUGACAUCCUGCGUUUCCUCUCCUCCCCGUGGGGCUCCGCACCCCCUAACACCCCAUUCAUUCCGCGACAUUCUCUUCCCGUUUCCCCCAACGCCUGCGGAGCUCCGGCCGCAAGCUCCUCUCGAAGCAGCGCGCCGACCGCUCCAGAACUUAGCGCCGCUGCGCGGUCUUCGGAGCAAGCUGGCAGAGCUGGUUCCGCGCGCCAAGGCGGAGAGGGAGCACUUGCGCGGCGGCGCGUGCGACCAGGCGCGGAACCAUGGACACGUGGCCGCUCCGCACGCGCCAACGGCGAAGCGGGGGAAGGAAGUGGCAGGUUGGUUGUGACUGUAGAAAGUGAUACAGCAACGGGGGCCGCGGAAAAGAAGAUACGCGCCGAGAUUGAGGCGCGGGUGGGGGCCAGACCUGGGGAGGGAGAGGCGCGGAAAGUGGAUGGGGAAGCGGGGGGGGCAGCGGCGCAGGAAGGGGCCAGGGAAGCGGAAAGAAAGGUCUUGCGCGGACGCGGGCAUGGGGUUGACGGGGAAGCAGAGCUACAAAAAGGGCAGGAUGAGGGGAGACUGGCGGAGAGGACAGGGGGAGCGGAGGGGAGUGGGGGAGAUGUUGGCGCAAGAGAAAUGAGGGGGGAGGCGGAAAGAGGGGAGAGUGACUUGGAGGAAGGACUGGAAAGUGGGGAGGAGGGGGCGGGGAGUGAGGGGGAGAAGCAAGGGUUUCAGAGGAGGGUGUGCAAGGGGAGAGGGUUUAAGGCGCACCAAGGGGGAGGCGCAUGGGCGGCAGCUGCGGCAGCUGACGCGCGGAUAGCAGCAGGGCAGCAGGGAACGGCAGGGGUGGCGAAUGAUAGUAAAGCAGGCAGGCGCAGAAAGAGUUGGGAAGGAUCAGCAAGAGGAGAGAACAGUGCAGCCGAAGAGAAUUCAGCUGAAAGGGCUGUUGAUGGUGUCACCACAGGGGUCGAAUUGGCAGGAGGCAUAAAGACAGGGGGCGUCACGACAGGGGGCAUAACGGUAACAGAUGGAACUGAGAUGGGAAGGGAAGGAACUGCAAGACGCGCAUCAGACGCGAUGCUGGUGUUCCCAAAGCUCCGCUCCUACCAUCGCCUGCUCGUGCACUCCGCAGCCAAGCGCUUCCGCCUCUCCUCCUCCUCCUACCCUCUUUGGGGUAACACUGGUUACAAGCACGUGUGCUGCAGCCUCACUACGGAGCAACUCGUUAGUAGACCUGCAUCAGGAGUCCAAGCCAGAUCCUGUACUCUUUGGUAUAGUUUCGUGCCUCCACUGAUGCUGUGUGAUUUUAUUCCGGGCGGCGGGAGUCGAGAGCAGACCCUUGAGCGGGCGGCACAGGCCUCCCCGGUGCCAAAACGUUUCUCGCUGCCCGUUACUGUUGCUGGAGUAGGGAGGAGAGAGGUGCAGGGUGGGAGAGAGUGGAAGAGACGUGGUGGCGGAAUGGAUGAGAGCACCAAGGAGCGAAGGGGAGGAGGAGGAGGGAAGUGUGGCGAGCGUGCAGAGAGCGAGGGGGAUGAGGUGUCUCUUGUUCCUAAGAGGAAGGGACGGGGAAGGUUCUUAUACCAUGAGAAGGAGGGAAGCAGUGGGGUAGAAAAGUUGAAGGAGAGGAGUGGGAAGGGGCGAGGAGAGGAAAGGAGCGAGGGGACGAGAGGAGGGGACGAUUGGGGUGCAGGAAGAAGAGGGGAUGGCGGAGAGAGGGGAUUUGGGGAGCACUGGAGGGGUGAGAAAGGAAAAGGGGAGGAGGGGCAGUGGGAGAAGGGCUGUUGGGAUGGGGAGAGAGGUGGAGGAGGUGGGGGUAACAGGUGGCAUACGAAAGGGAGAGAAGGGAGUGAGAAGGGGGGGAGUGAGAGGCGAGGGGAGGGGAAGGGGUGUGGGAGUGAGGAGAGCAGCGCAGGGCUGACAGCGGCUGAGAUGGUGACUCUAUCAGAGGAAGAUUUCGGGGCAGAUGAAGGGCUGGAUGGUGUGAUUAUAACGAGGGCAAGUCAUGACUACAGGAUGUGGCAGGUGGAGGAGGAUAAAAGCAGGGCAGUUGAUGAAGGGGAUAGGGUGAGAGUUCCUUGGGGCGCCACUGAAGGUUCACAUGGUUUGCCUGCAGGUGCCAAGGAGGACUGUGGGAGUGGCGAGGAGUUGGCAGCAGCCGGCACGCGGCACAUUCUGGUGGUUCGUGCAGAGCUGUGUGAGCUGGAGAAGGCGAUUGAGAAGAUAACUGAAAUGGUGUUGCAUCACAGCCCUGAACCACCGCCUUAUGAGUCGCUGCCUGCAGUGCUGGUUCGCAGGGCUGUGCAGGUAAUCACAGGGCUGCACCCAUCUGUGAGAGCCGUGCCAGUAGCAGCGGCAGAACAAAUACAAGGGGCAGGGAAGGAAGCGGAGGGAGACGAGAGAGAGGAAGCAGCAGAGGCUGUGGGAAUGCAGGGGACAGACAGGGGAGUGGCAGCAGCAGGGACGUUUCUUGUGAUAUUCGCGUCUGCGGAAAUUGCAGGAACGGCUGAGUGGCGGAUCCGAGAGGCCAGGCGGCGAGCGAGAAGGGGUGCGGAGAGGAGGAGGGCUGGUUCUGAGCACGAUAGCAGCAGCAGCAGUAGGGGGUCUCGGGAUAGGUGUACAGGUGAACGGCUGGAGGGGUGUGCAGACGGAUGCUUGGAGAAAGAUGCGGAUGAGAGAUUGGUGAGGGCUGUGGCGUGCUGUCUGUCUGUGUCCCGCUUUGAAGACGCGUCAGCUGAUGUUCUGGCGAGCUGCUAUUGGUCGGUUCCUGAGAGGAGAAAGACCCGCGUGGAUGGCGCUGCUGCCGCCCGGCUCUUGUCCAGAUCGCUUGUGUGA